AUGGCCAACACACUCGAUAAAUAUCUCUCCGCUUCCCUUUUCUUCUCCAUAAUUCUCACCUUCAUCGUCCAAACCAAGCAAGACAACCCGUGUCCAUAUCCAUGUUAUCCUCCACCGACCGGCCCCGGCGGCAGUACCGGCACGAUCACUCAACCGCCUCCGGUUAGUUAUCCACCGCCUUCUCAGACAGGAGCACUAUACCCUCCACCAGGGACGUCCAACCCUACACCAACAGGGAACUUACCCUAUUUCCCACCACCGACACCCUAUGGUAACUCUUUGUAUGGCCAGCCCCCUCCUGACCCUAUCCUGCCUUAUUUUCCGUACUACUAUCGGAAACCUCCUCACCAAACGGAUGAUCAGUCACCGGCAACAAAAACCGGCGUUGGAAAACCAUGCAUGACGAUGAUGAUUGCAACCGCAUACCUUCUUGUGUUUAUUUAUUUCUUCUAG